CGUCGAAAUUCUGUGUUCAGCUCUUUUCUGCUGAAAUAUGGAUUGCAUCGAACUCAACAUACAUCAGCGAAUUCUCUCCGACAUUGCUUCGAGCGUCGGGGAAACAGACGACGACUACCGCUAUGCCGCGACCCUCAUUGCUUCGAACGUCCAGACCAGACCAAACGGAAAAGUGGAAGAGGAAACGAAAGACAGGGUGUUACUGACUACGUCCAGGGUUCAUUGCCACAUCGCUUUUGGGGAACUGAUUUUCAAUUUUCCCGAAUCUCACAUUGCCGAGAGAAUAGGGACCAUACUACCAGUGCUCAUCGACGUUCUUCGAGAUGUACCCUACAUAGAUUUUGACCGUUGUCUUUCGUGGGAAGACUGGUCACUUCCUGAUCAACUAGCGUUGCUGCGGGUGUCAGGAUUGCAUCCACAGUACAGUGAUUCAGCAACUGGCGCCAUUGUUGCAUUCAUUUCGGAUAUUCAAGCAAAGAUAUCAACUACUGCCCCUUCGGAUAUCUUCACGCAACUAGCUCCAGCUUUACAUGGCCUCUAUCGUGCAAUUAGCUCUACAUCAUUCGCCUGGAGCACUUCACAAUGGCAACAGUUGAGAGAAACCCUUGCAGUCCUAUGCUCUGUGGACAAUAUCGACCGUUUGAAUCGACUCUUCGGAGACAUAGUCAAUGAAGACGUGGUCGACGUCGACACUCAACACUUCAUCGAGACAUUUUCAGCUCUCUGCUGCGUACUAGAGACCUCUUGGACCGUAUUGGCUCAGGUCCAAGCACCACCGCAAACUGGCCCCAUUGGUAAUUCCACAGAAGCACGGAGCGCCAUCGACUUGGACAUCACUGAGGAGGCCACAGUCGCCACUCUGAAGUCAACUAUCCACUAUGCAAUGCAAUACUUUAACGAUUUACUGAUUCAGAUUGAGGAUAUGGAUACUGAUCCUCCACCUGAUACGUAUGCAUGGGAGACCAUGUCGGAAAGUUUGAAACUGGCUUCCGUUUGCUCCGUGGCUCUUCACGAACUCGACGAGGAAUUGUAUUCGCGACUUUUGCUAUUGCUCAGCGAGGAAUCGCCAAUCUUUGACAAUCUUGUCCAAGAGGCUGCGUUGAAAGCGACGACUGUCCUUGUUCAGAACUUCCCUGAAAUUGCUGCCCGGAUGGCAGCACAUUUGCGACGCUUUGUUACUGCUCCCCUGUCAAUAUUUGAAUUUGAGUUUGCUUCAGAGACCAGAGCUCCUCCCCCUUUGGCAGCCGCAGCGAAGUGUCCUUGCUCAUUGGCUCCUGGUGACGAUCUUAUCAUGUCGAACAUGUAUUCCCUCUUGAAUUACAUAGCUGCAACGAGCAAGGAAAUAUAUGAAAGCUCUAGCAAUUCUCAGAUAUUCAAUAACCCCCUUUACUCUGGGCAAGAUCAAGGUACACUACACUCCGUGGAAACUGGACUUCAUGGGCUGUCGGAUGAUGAGAAGAGGGUUGUGGGUAUCAGUACAAUAUCUGUUGUGACUCGAUUGGCGCUCGAGUUCCGUAUGGAGGAGGUCACGCGUCUUACCAUAUCGAUGCUUUUGCAACGUCUUCGAUCAGCGGAACCAACUAUGGAGGCAGCGAUCGCAUAUAAUCUUACUGCAUUUGUGGAUAUCAUACAUGUCUUCUCGACUAUUAAUCGUUCUGCCAAUCCGGAUGAUCCCAGGUUUUCGAACAACAUGGUACUCGCGGCACAAACGAGGCUGGCCCAGGAAUUGCAUCGUCGUCCUGAACUCUAUGAUGGUGUCGCUAUCCAGAACGUAAAGAUUGCGAACCAUCACGUUAAGACCGAUGAUAUGAUUGAGCAGCUAGCGUCUUUGUUAUUGCCUAUCGAUGCCCUUCUAUCUCAUAGCGACUUCAAUCCUCAUGUUGACGCAUCGCCGGCAGUUGUUGCCCUAUUCCGAAACAUGUGGUUCCUUUGCAUUCUAUUCCACUUCACAACCGACGACGCUAUAGAUUCGAAUGCUAUGGCAUGGAAAAAGCCGGCAAUGGCUCGUAUCGCUAUCAAGACGCCCGCUACGGUAGUCGAAGAAUCUCAGGAUGCUGUGGCCAGUGAUGUCGAGUACAACUCAGUGAUCCGUCAGGAGUAUGCACAUACGGUGAUUCUCAAGCAUAAAACAUCUCUUACCAGACAUAUACCACUUCGAACUAGUGAUAUACGCUCACUAUCGUCGGGGCAGAUCGUUUUCUUGUUGACAAUGCACGAUAUGGAGACUAUGCGGUCUGCGGCAGGAUUGACGUCAUCCCUGGUCACCUAUUUUGUCAAUGAUAGCCUUAAUCGGCAUGUAGGGCUUAGCUCAUGCAUGGACUCCAUUGCAGAGAAGGUCAUUCGAGGUUGUAUCAAUGACUUGAACGCCCAAGCAGCUCAACAGGCCCUUCCCGAAGCACUAUCAUCUGAGUUGCGCGCCUUGCUAUUGUGCAGCACUCAUCCAGUAGCCAGAGCAAGAGACAUCGCAUUCAAGUUUCUCAAUCGGCUUAUAUCAUCUUUUCCGUCCCUCAUGUGUGAUCCACCUCUUGUAUUCGCGAUUCUGGAGGUUCUCACACUAUUACGCCGAUCUUGCGAGAAUGAGUUUACUGACGAGUACAACCCAGUCUACGAAUACAAUUCUACACGUGCACAGAUUACUCUCCAACUCACCGACAGUUAUCAGGUCCGAAACGAAAUAUUAGCACAGCUGCAUAGGAACGCAAACAACUGGUUCGAGUUGGCGCUUGGACGUGCCCCAGUCGAGCUACAGUCAACAUUACAAAAAUAUCUAGCAGUACACCAAUCAAAUUCCGGAACCGACGGUGCCGAGCUAGGGGCUUCUAUCGCUGAACAAUUCGGGAAAGCAAUCGGUCCUGUGCAGCGCCAAUUGGUCUCGCUUUCAGCACUUUCAAAUAGAACCUUAGACAAGGCUAACAUAUUAGCGAGCCAAAUCGCGAGCAGAGGUUACUUUGCCGGUGAGGCAGCUGGUAUCCGGUUGGCGAGUCGAUCAGGUGCCGACAGACUGGAGAAACUGCCUCCUCAGUUGGCCCCGUCUGGCGAAAUACUUGCACUCAAAGAGAAAUUAGCACAUAUGAUGGAGGAAAUACGAGGCAAAACAAGCUCCUUGACAGUUCAAGAUUUGAAGCGCCUGUUGUUCCGAUGCACUGCUAUGAUCAUUUCCCUGUCAAAUUGCGAUUAUGAGUUGCUUCAUUACUUGGUUGCACUUCCGUUUGCAGUUGCUACCCCGGCUGCCAUUUCCACAGGCAUUGAAGUCUGGACGUGGGUUAUCGCAGAGAACAACGAUAUCGAGGUUGCUCUCAUGAGCGAAGUUUUGUCUGCUUGGUCCUCUACUAUCCGGCAAGAAAAGGGUAUCUUUUCAACGUCUUUGAACUACGGUGAUCCGUUCUAUCAGCCGGUCAAUUAUAGCCCCACUGAGAAGGGAGAAAUCGAUCGUGGGAUGCUAAACGCUCGACGGUUACUUAUACCUCAUGCAUUGGUCUUGCAAAUGCUCUUCAGUCGUUUGCAGGCUGCCCGAUACCGCCGGCCUGGAGUUAUGUUUUUGAUCCAACAUCUUGUCUUGUUGUCAGCAAGAGCACACAAAACCAUGAGUACUCAUGCAUUGGCGCGAGAAGUUCGGUUUUCUUUCUUGCUUUUCGGAUUCGAAACACUUAAGAGUUCUCAUCUGGACUCAUUUUGUGAAAACGAAAUGCGUGAGAACUUGUAUUCUGCUGCUUAUUCAUGGUUCGCAGUACGGCCUCAAUGGACGUACGGUGCCAAUCGAGUACAGAUUGAUGCUGAUGUCAAGGUGCUCUCUGAGUUUUUAUCAUAUCUUCAAACGGAUUCUGUCCGAGCGUCUGCUGUCAUCUCAAGUUUAUCGCCAGCUCAGACGCCAUCUCGAAGUACAUGGCUCCGUACAAUUAACCAGCCUCUAAAGCUCCUGGUUGAGAGCGAGAUUUAUCGACUUCACGUCUGGGCUAAUCCUACCAACGACCUCCGUAGGGGUACCGACCAGAUAAUAUCAUCCGAGCGAACUUUAUUAGAUAAUGCAUGGAUUCAAAUCCUUCGGACGACAUGGAAGAUCGACCCUGCUAUUGCAGUGUACAUGACCGAACGUUUCAAGCUUCCUAUUCUUCGUAGUGAAGUCGGACGACUUGUCAAGUCAAGCACUAUCGAUGUUCUUGACAUACCGGAAGCUCUACCAUUCCUUGUAGAAGAUAGGGUGGAUCCUGCCGUACGCCGAGAUCUUAGAUAUCUUUUACUAUGGGCGCCUGUUCCUCCAGUAAUAGCAAACACGUUCUUCGAGCGACGAUACAACAGUGACCCGAUGGUUUUGCAAUAUGCCCACCGGGUUCUAGAGCAACAUCCUGUGGAGCUCACGUUCUUUUUCGUCCCUCAGGUAGUUCAGGCGCUUCGUUAUGAUGAUCUAGGAUACGUUGCACGAUUCAUAUUUGAGACUGCAAAAAUAUCGCAGCUCUUCUGUCAUCAAAUUAUCUGGAAUAUGAAGGCCAAUUGCUUCAAGGAUGAUGCUGGUGAAUUGGAGGAUCCCUUGAAGCCUACUCUUGACUCAAUGACGAAUCUCGUCGUCGAAUCUUUGUCCGGGGAAGCUCGAGAAUUCUAUGACCGCGAAUUUGGCUUCUUCCAUGAGGUAACGUCGAUAUCCGGAAAACUCAAGCCCUUUAUCAAGAAAACCAAACCUGAAAAGAAGGCCAAAAUUGACGAGGAGAUGGGAAAGAUUGUUGUCGCCGUCGGAGUGUACCUGCCCAGUAAUCCUGACGGGAAAGUCGUUGAUAUCGACAAGAAAUCUGGACGACCUCUGCAGAGUCACGCUAAGGCGCCCUUUAUGGCCACUUUUAAAGUCAGGAAAGAAAGGGUAACAGUCAACACCGAUCCUGACUCACUUCUCGAUGGCGAGGGUGGAGGCACCGAAGUCCGCACCGAAUACGAUGUGUGGCAACAAGCCAUCUUCAAAGUCGGGGAUGAUUGCCGUCAAGACGUGCUCGCAUUACAGAUCAUAGCCAUGUUCAAAAACAUUUUCACUAGUGUUGGUUUGACCCUGUAUCUGUACCCUUAUCGGGUGACAGCUACCGCCCCUGGAUGUGGCGUUAUUGACGUCGUACCUAAUGCUACCUCUCGGGACGAGAUGGGCCGUGCAAAAGUUAAUGACUUGCUUGACUUUUUCGUUCGCCAAAAAGCGCGUAUGAACUUUAUACAGUCCUAUGGCUGCGAUCGGCAUAAUGGAAACAUCAUGAUUGACGGAGAAGGUCAUAUAGUGCAUAUCGAUUUUGGGUUCUUGUUCGACAUAGAUAUGUAUUUCCUUCAAAUUUGUACCAUCUGGUCUAAACUAACCAUGUUAUUCUUCGCCUUUACGUCCAGGAGGUGUCAAAUUCGAGCCGCACUCGUUCAAACUAAAUCAUGAGAUGGUAGUACUAAUGGGCGGAAGAUACUCACAA